UUUCAAAAUGACGCUUGCAGCGCUUGCUGUUCCUAUCAGAGCCAGUGGCCUUCGGCUCGUUUACUUGGACUCGAGUGAAAGGAGUCGAGGUCAUUUCGCGGCUGCAAGGCCUAACAAUCUUUGGAUGGGCAGAUGUUGGGCUGCCCCUGUAGCUGUUGCCACAGCUCUUAAAGUCCGGCACCACCCUUCGCGAUGCUCACGAUUCUUGCAUGCACAGUUGUCGCACUUCCUCAGCGGUCUCAUACUACUCUCAGUUGUCAAGUUGUCGGUGUUUUUAGAAUAAUACCGCUGGAAGGUCUACGGAGAUCACGUCGAUGGGCUUUGUCAACCACAGUCCUGAAAGACGUGAGUGAAGCCGAAGUCACAGAGCGGCGGAAGCUUCAAGAGCUGGUCUCCAAAUGGCGAGCUGAUGAUUCGGAAGCCUGGUUGAGCCUGGCCCUCACUGCUGGGUUGUAUUUAUCAUCCCUGGCAUUGGUUCAUUUGAGCGGAGGGCAUUGGUCAUCGAUUAUUUUUCUAGCGUUUGCUCUGGUUCGUGCCUUUAUUGUCUUUCAUGACGCAGCUCACUCUUCUUUCUUUGAGAAGCCAGAGCACAACAAAUCCCUUGGCCAAGUUCUCCAAUUCUUCAUCAACUAUAGCCUCGAGGAAUGGAAUGCAGUCCACAAUUCUCAUCAUGCACAUUUUGGUGACAACACGAUCCGUGACAGUUCAUUAACUAUUUGGUUUUCUGAGCAAGAGCUGGACAACGCUGCCUGGUAUUUGCGGUUAGUGCAUCGUAUCAUCCGCGAUCCGAUUUUCUUCUAUCCCUUGGCCGGCCUGUUUGUGUUUUUCCUGAACAAGCCGCAGCAGCACUGGCCAUAUCGAACGGUUGUACCGUUUCUUGUUUGGUACGGUCUUGGCAUGCAGACACUUUGCGCAUACCUUUUAGCUGCGUGGCUGGGAGGUUCCUUAGGUGUGGCAUGCUUUCAUUUGCAGCACCACUGCAAUUCUCCGUACCGAGUUCCAGAUGACUCCAGCAGAACUCAUUUGGACGCUGCCAUUCUGGGCAGUACGAGGAUACCGCUUGCUUGGCCACUGUCUGUUUUCUCAUUUGGUAUCGAGUACCACCACAUCCACCACUUUGACAUUCGAGUACCAGGGUAUCGAUUGGAAAGAUGUGAUGCUGAGGGAGAGGCUGCAAACCUCUGGACUCGUGUGAACACUGUGGAUUGGUUGCGGGCGGUGAAAAGCUUGUGCCACAGUCAGUUCCAAGGAUCCAGCAAAGCUUUUGAUGGCUUGGAGUCUCCUCGAUUUAGUUCCUUUUGGCCUUAUUCUGCCUUGGGCUUGCAGGACGAUUGAGUUGCAGGAAUCGGUCACGAAGUCGAGCGGAUCUGUGCCAGAAGCACUGACCUGACUUUGUGCGUGGAGUGAGAAAGAAAGAUUCGAAGGAUCCCUUUUUCCUGCUUCCGUUUUACUGUUUGCACGAGUGAACAAAGAUGCUGGAAUGUAUUUUUCUUGGUGCAGGCCAUUCAGGUCGUUGAAUGGA